UGCCUCUUGCUCCAUUUUCCUUCCCUUUCCUCAUAUUUCCCAAGGCCUUUCCUCAUUGGUGGCAAAAUGGCAAAUGCGGCAUCAGGAAUGGCUGUGGAGGAUGAUUGCAAGCUGAGGUUCUUGGAGCUGAAAGCAAAGAGGAGCUACCGUUUCAUUGUGUUCAAGAUUGAGCAACAGCAGGUGGUGGUGGAGAAGCUCGGGGAGCCUAAUGAAAGUUAUGAGGAUUUCGCCGCCAGUUUGCCUGCCAAUGAGUGCCGUUAUGCAGUCUAUGAUUAUGAUUUCACAACAACAGAGAAUUUUCAAAGAAGCAAGAUUUUCUUCGUUGCAUGGUCACCAGAUAUAGCAAAGGUGAGGCAUAAAAUGGUUUAUGCUAGUUCCAAGGAUAGGUUCAAGAGGGAACUGGACGGCAUUCAAUUUGAGUUGCAAGCCACUGAUCCCAGUGAGAUGAGCUUGGAUAUUGUGAAAGGUCGAGCCAACUAAGCACCAUUUUGCUUUGCCUUUGUAGCUUGGUUCCAAUGUUUUGUUGGUUCCAAUUUUCAAACACUUGGAAUGGUAAAGAAUUGUUUUGUAGCCUCAAUCCUUAUUGAGCUUAAGUAUUGCGCAUUUAUGCCCGGUUGGUCAAAGGUUAUUUUGGCUAGUAGAAAUGUAAAUUUGGGUGAAA